AGGCGGAGUGUGUACGUGGGAACGGGACUGUGUUGAAGACACAGGUUUCUCAUACAAGCCUAGAGUUGGAGGGGGCUCCCUAAAGGUCAUCCAGUCCAAACCCCUUCUGCCGCACAAGCCUAGAAAGUGAGAGGAGAAAGAGGAAGGGAGAAGGAGAUAGAUCCCUGCAAAGGGGGCUGUGACAGAAACAGAGAUUGCUGGUUGUUGUAUGAAAACAUACAACAACCCAGAGAUUGCUGUGUCUCUGCCUUGGACUUCUGAGACAAGCCCAGAGUUGGAAGGGGGCUCCUAAAGGUCACCCAGCCCGACCCACUUAGACACUUAGAUACUUACAUACUCCACUUACAUACUCCAUAUACUUACCAACCAACCAACCAACAAUCACUUAGGCAAUAAAAAUGAAAUGCACAGAUACAGAAUGGGGGGACACCUGGCUCAAUAGCAGUUCAUGUGAAAAAGAUCUUGAAGUCCUCGUGGACAGGAAGGAGAACAUGAGCCAACAAUGUCAUAGUAAAGGUAAACGUUUCCCCUGACGUUAAGUCCAGUCGUGUCUGACUCUGGGAAUUGGUGCUCAUCUCCAUUUCUAAGCCGAAGAGCCGGCGUUGUCCGUAGACACCUCUAAGGUCAUGUGGCCGGCAUGACUGCAUGGAGCGCCGUUGCUUUUUCGCCAGAGCAGUACCUAUUGAUCUAUUCACAUUGGCAUGUUUUCGAACUGCUAAGUUGGCAGAAGCUGGGGCUAACAGCGGGCACUCACUCCGCUCCCAGAAUUUGAACCUGAGACCUUUCGGUCUGCAAGUUCAGCAGCUCAGUGCUUUAACACACGUCGCACAUGGGGGCUCUGAACAAUGUCAUAUGGCAGCUAAAAAAGCCAAUGGGAUUUUUGCCUGAAUAAAUUGGAGUCUAGUGUCUAGAUCCAGGGAAGUCAUGCUACCCCUCUAUUCUAUUCUGCCUUGGUCAGACCACACCUGGUAUAUUGUGUUCCAUUCUGGGCACUGCAAUUGAAAGAAGAUGUUGACAAGCUGGACUGUGUCUAGAGGAGGGAGACUAAAAUGAUCAAGGGUCUGAAGAACAAGCCUUAUGAGGAGUGGCUUAAAGAGCUGGGCAUACUUAGCCUGCAGAAGAGAAGGCUGAGAGGAGGCAUGAUGAGGGCCAUGGAUCAAGAUGUGAGGGGACAUCAUAGGGAGAAGGGAGCAGGCUUGUUUUCUGCUGCCCUGGAGAUUAGUACGUGGAAUGAUGACUUGAAACUACAGGAAAGGAGAUUCCACCUGAACAUUAGGAAGAACUUCCUCACUGUAAGGAGAGCUGUUCAGCAGUGGAACUCUCUGCCUCAGAGUGUGGUGGAGGCUCCUUCUUUGGAGGUUUUUAAACAAAGGCUGGACGGCUAUCUGUCAGGGGUGCUUUGAAUGUGAUUUUCCUGCUUCUUGGCAAAAUGGGGUUGGACUGGAUGGCCCACAAGGUCUCUUCCGACUCUAUGACUCUGAGAAGGAGAGAUAAAGCCUGGCAUGAAUUGUGAUGGAAGGGAAGAGGAGAAGGAGAGCGAGAUGGAGCGUGUAUUGAGAGUGGGGCUAUCUCAAGGAAAACGAAGCCUAGAGUUGUUAGGGGGCUCCCAAAGGACAUGCAUUCCAACCCCCUUCUACCAUGCAAUUCUGGAAUGUAAGAGGAUAAGGAAGGAAGGGCACUUACAUGAGAACAGGGGAAGAGCAAGAGAUGCCUUGAGUUUCUGGUAGAAGGACAUCCAGUACAACUCACAUUUGCCAUGCAAUCCAAGCUCUCACCACAGAUGGCCAUCCAGCCUCUGUUUACAAACCUCCAAUAAACAGACUGCUAUACUCCAAGGCACGUCAAGCGACUCUUACUAUCAGGAAGUUCUUGCUGCUGUUUAGGCAGAAUCUCUUCUUCUGAAGUUUGAAUCCCUGGCUCCCUGGAGUAGCAGAAAACAAUGUGACAUCCCUUUGGAUGUUUAAGUCUGACUGACAUAUCCGCUUCUCAUAGCUAAGCUUCUCUGGGAGUUUUUAAGCAGAGGCUGGAUGGCCAUCUGUGGUAGGGAGGGGGUGACUUGGGUUGUGUAUCACCACAUGCCAAGAUUGGACUUGAUGAUACUGGUGCUCUCUUCCAAGUCUAGGAUACUGUAAACCUCUGUAAACCAAUCUGCUCCUCAUAAGGAUUCAUAUUUUUUAGAUACUUUACCAUUUUUGAUUGCUUGCCUCUGGACACUGUUCACCUUGUCCAUAUCCUUCUUGAAUUGUGGUGCCCAGAACUAGACACAGUCUUCCAGGUGAGGCUAUCAUGCCACCUCGUUGCCUUCUCAGGUGGAUGGAUGGUGGUGAAAUCUGUCUGGAAAGGCUGGUCAGGAGGCAGAGAUGGUAUUAGGAUCCUCAACCAGUUCCCACCGCUUUGCUCUUUGUCUCCUAAGAUGCAGAAACUUCAAAGAGGUGGCCCUCAAUGCUGUAGAAUUAAUGUAAUUUGAGAGCACUUCAGCUUCCAUGGCUCUAUGCUAUAAAAUCACGGGAGUUGUAGUUUUACAAGGUCUUUAGCUAUGAAAUCAUGGGAGUUGUAGUUUUACAAGGUCUUUAGCUUCCUUUGCAAAUCAGUGCUGUUGCAUCACCCAACUACAACUGCAUUCAUUCUACAGCAUAUUUGCUCCCCUUGUGUUGACUUGUGCACUGAGCUGGACUGGGUCAAAGGGAAGGCAGGAGGAGGGUGUUUUUCUGGUAUUAGGAUGCCUUUGGGGCAUUUUCCAGACGGUACCUUCUAGACAACACUUCCCAUGCUUCCCUCCCAACAGUGUUUUGGAUGUGGAGGGAGUGGGGAAGGGUGUUGUAAUCCAUGAGGUCGAGAAGAAGGUUUUCUGCAGUAGACAAAGAAGAGAUCAGGAGUUCCCAAGGCACCAGUGGGAUAUAAUGGGAAAUAUUUGUGACUCUUUGGGCAUCUAACCAAGAUGUCUGAAAUGGCAGCCCUCACCUGUUGCCCAGCUGCCGCUGCCCACUUCAACUUCUGCCAGAACCUCCUGGAACACACUGUGUCAGCCGAGAACCUCAACUACCGCCUUCAGAGGAACUCGGGCAGCAGCUUGACAUGGCACGAUGGGCGAAGCCAGAGGUCGGCCGGCGGGAGGACCGUCAAACUCCUCCAGCAGCCAGGAACAGAGGGCUCCCAGGGCCGGAACUAUGACCACUAUGGGAUCUACCACACCAGCCCAACCCUAGGCAGCCUUACCAAGCCGGUGGUGCUGUGGACCCAGCAGGAUGUGUGCAAAUGGCUCAAGAAACAUUGCCCACACAACUAUCUCAUCUACGUGGAGGCCUUUUCCCACCAUGCCAUCACAGGUCGGGCGCUGUUACGGCUGAAUGCAGAGAAGCUGCAGCGCAUGGGGAUCAUCCAUGAGUCUCAGCGGCAAGAAGUCCUCCAGCAGGUCCUGCAGCUCCAAGUGCGGGAGGAAGUCCGCAACCUACAGCUCCUCAGCCAAGCCUCCUUCUGUCUCUCACCCCACUUCAACCCUUCCCUAUUGACAGCUUUCUUGUUCAACGCUCUUUCCUCCUCAUUUUGUCCUCCUACUCUAAUCUCUUUUCUUGCCCCACUCCAAAUUAUUGGGACCUUAGUGCAAACUUUACUGAUGCAAUUUGGGUUGAAUGCUUUGGAUAUGUCCUUUAAAGUUCACGCUAAAACCCGGAGCAAAUUUGCUGCAGCAAAAACUGCAACAACCACAACCUUGGCUUUUCAUCUUUCUAAUGUUGCCACACUGGAGAUGGCUCCUAUACUGUAAAUGGUUUCAUACUAGGGUUGAAUGAAAAGUAAUGCCUCCACCUUUGUAACUCCUCAACAGAUGGCAGUCCUGGUAUGUGACUGGCUUGUUCAGUAGACUCUCCUCUACAGUUAGUUCCAUUUGGUGGGAAGCCUUAGCAUUGAAUGGUUGUGUUGUUAAAGUGCAAAGUAUGGAACCCUGCGCAGAUGGUCGGUCAAUGUGACUUAAGCAACAUGCAGUCACUGAAUUUUUGACAGCAGAAGGUGUCACCCCAAAGGAGAUUCAUCAGAGAAUGCAAGCUGUUUAUGGUGAUUGUGUUGAUGUGAGUACUGCGCGUUGUUGGGCGAGUAAGUUUAAAGAUGUUGAGGUGGGAACACCUGACUUGCGUGACAAACAAAGAGUUGGAUGUCCUGUGACAGCAAUCACUGGGUUUCACAAGCAAAAGGUUGACAGAUUGAUUCUGGAUGUUCAUUGUAUCACUCAGAGAGAAAUAUCAAGCAUAAUCAGCAUUUCACAAGAACGUGUGGAUCACUUUAUUGCUUUGCUUGGGUAUCGAAAGAUCUGUGCACGAUGGGUACUGUGAGAUGCUGGUUGCAGAAACAGAGUGUCGACUUCUUCCGUGACAGCUUCAGAAAACUUGUUAAUCGUUGGCAGAAAUGUAUCCAAUUGUCUGGUGGGUAUGUGGAAAAGUGAAUAGUGGUAAUUAAAGUGCAUUAUUUCUGCAUUUGAUUUAUUAAAAUAUUCCCAUUCAAACCCAAGUAACAAAGGUGGAGGCAUUACUUUUCAUUCAACCCUCAUAGAAGGGAAUUUUAGCUCCUGCUGGUAUUUGAUACAACUAUUAAAAGUGCAGUAAGUGUUCAAUAUCUGCUGGGGUUUGGUUCCAGGAUCCCCUGUGGAUACCAACAUUUGUGGAUGCUCAAGUCCCAUGGUACAAUACAAUGUCCCAUACAAUGCCAUGGUAAAAUGGCACUCUUGUAUAAUAAGGGGAACAAUUAAAACAAAUUCUGGAGAGAGUUUGAGGACUGUGAAAUGAUGGAAGUCUGCAUCAGUAUGGUUCUCGACACAUAGCAUAACCCAGCUUUACUUUUUGGAUUUUAUUUCUCCAAUAUUUGCUAGCCAUGGUCUGUUGAAUCCAUGGGCGGAAACACAUGGUGGUUGAAUCCGCAGAGGAUCAGCUGUAUAGAAGCCCUCUCCAGUUUUUACACCAGCAAGUCUUCACCCUCCUUUUCUCCCUCUUCCUUUUACUCACUUCAGUUUGCAAUCCACAGCUAUCCAUCUCUAUUCCGUUCACCCUUUCCUCCUUCUUUCCUGAUGUUUGUCUGGUUACCGAGCUCUCAAUGCAAGAUUGGGGCCUUCAAGAUCUGUAAGGAGAAAACCCACUUGAAGGAAAAUUCUUCAAGUUACCUUGGGACUCAGGAUGCAUCUACACUGUGGAAUUGAUGCAGAUCGACACCACUUUAGCUGCCGUGGCUCAAUGCUAUAGAAUCACAGGGGUUGAGGUCUUUUGCCUUCUCUGCAAAAGAGUGCUGGGGCCUCACCAAAAUACAACUCCUACGGCAUUGAGUCAUGACCCUGUAAGUGUUAUUAAGCUGCAUCAAUUCUACAGUGUGGAUUCAAACUCACAGAGACCUGCCUUGGCUGUCCCUAUUCCCAUGGCAUCAGAAGCCAGGCAUUUCUUUCCAGAAGAGCUGGAAAACAGCCAGAACUAGAGCAAGUUCCAUUUCUGGAGUCCAGUUCUCAAAAUCCCUCCUAAACACAUUUGGCUGGGGGAAUUUGGGAGUUGUACUCCAGAAAUGGAACUUGCUGCUAACUAGGGAAGGCCACCAAUCUUGCCGAUGGUCCGCCUCGUCUCGAUCCCUCUAAUGUUGCAAUGUUUCCCCAUGUCCUUCUAUUUCUGUCAGUUUCAAUACUUUUUUCCCUUUCUGUUUCUCCCCAUACCCUGCCCCCACAACCUGCUUCUUUCCGCUGCCAAUCCCACCCGAACCCCGUCCUUCCUCCCUUUCCAGCCUCUUUUGGAAACGACUCCUAACCCGUCGCCCGUCUGGCAGCAGACUGGUGCAACACUGUGAACUGCCUCUCCUCUGGGAUUGCAGAUGGAUGGUGUGGAAAGAAACCUGGGUCUAGACCCUUCAGCCGCAUGCUUGGGAGGAACAAAAACAAACCCUUAACAAUUCAGAAAGGGAGAGAGGAAUUCUGGCCUGCCUCCAAGGGAGAGUGUUGUGAGCGGCAUGUUUGGCAGUGUUCAUUUUCUUCUCCUUCCUCUCCUUUCUUUGAUUCCUCGUUGUCCCAUGUAGAGACCAGCUGUUCUCUGGUGGAGAGUUCAUGCCACGCAAAGCAACCGCCACAAGGACUGGUAAAGCUCAGCCUUGUGGGGCCAGAUCACAGGGCAAAACUGUUUCCUUAACACACAAAGACACGCCAAAUAAAAUCCCCAUGGACGGUGAUCUGAAAGACUUGCAAUGACUUUCUCCGGCGAGGGACACAGAAGACAGCGGGACAGAGUUUGCCGGUGCCUCCGUCCUCUGAAAGUGUCUCCGAACUCAUAUGAGUGAUCUAAUUUAUUUUCACAGGGCAGAAUAGCCUAAUGGCUAAAGAAGCUGAGUUAGCCAUCACGGAGUUGUUGUCUUCAAAUCGGUGCAGCUGGGGUUAGUGAAGCAGUGAUGAAUCUGGCCCAACUUUUGGUCUGAAUAGAAAUAUCACAGGUGCCAAACUCUCUUUGCAAAAUAGGUUCAGUACUUUGAAUAAGUCCUUUAAAGUGGAAAAUCUGACCCUGGUUUCAGUUUGAACGUUAAAGGAACUGUCAAGGGGCUUUCCAAGGUGCUGGACCUUAUCUGCUAAAAGCACCCUGGAUAGCUCCUUUCAGGUUCAGACUGGACUCACUGUCGAGUCAGCCACCAACAGUUCAAAUUUCACCACAAACUCCCAAAGUGGUUUAUUAAGGUUAAAAAUGCUUAUUUUCAGUCUCCAUGUGCAACAGAAAGAUGAUAAUACAGCUUGGGGAGAUACUUGGACUACAACUUCUUUAAACAGGUGAGAUAAAACCUGGCUAGGGGAUUCUGGGAACUGCCUUCCAAAGAACAACUUUCUCCAACAACCUUCAGAUAAAAUAACACUGACCCACAGGACUGCAAGAUGGGAAACACGCUAAUUCUAAUACCUGAGAGCCCAAACCCACUUACUGUGUGCCAAUGCAAAAAUCGGGUCUGUUUUUCUCAUUCCGAAACUUGAAUGCCCAAUGGCCAAAGUUAAUUUUUACAUAUACAUACAUGUAUAAAGACAUUUAUAGGGGGUUGGAGCCUUAUUUCAGAAUGAAUGCAGAUUAAUCCCAGCAUUCAAACUGCCCCCUUCUUUUUAGGAAAGAAGGAAAGGAACUUCUGAAGAGAGGCCACACCUCCAUUAUGAGAAUUUGGGUUUGUUUGGAUGGGAUUAUUGCGAAGGGAAGGGUUUUGGCUUAGUGGUCAAAGAUCUGCUUUGCACUGCAGAAAGUCACAGGUUGGUAUCUGCUAGUACAAAUGUCUAGAAAAAUGUUUUGUGCAGGAAUAGCUUGUUCUCAGCAGAACUUUAUGGUCACCUUUUGGCACAGUUGUCCUGGAGGACCUAGAUUCCCAAAUAAAGCAUUUUAAUCAUGUCCAUGAAUAAUCAAAUCCACAAAAGUGAAACCUGCAAAUGUGGAGGACAAACUGUAUAUAUAUAUAUUAAAAAGGAAGUCAUAAACCAGUCUUGGAAUAAGCCAUUAUCAUUUGCCCAGGCUGUAGAUCACCAGCUUCAUCUUUCAAAGUUUUGGAAAGACAACUCAAUAUAGUUCCUUUGGAGGAUGACAACUCCCACUCUCCUUAAACUAACACAACCACUGGUCCAAAAGAGAUUUCCCCAAGCUCAGGAUCAAUAGCCAGGAGGCAAUGUGGCCUACUUAAGCAGCCACCUGUGAAAGGUGUUCUCUCGCGCUGGCUGUUCAUCUGAUUCCCUUCUGAGCUGCCGAUUGCCUCAGGGUCCCCCGUGCCGACCAUUCAUCUGUGAAGAAACAACGCUUUGCAUUAGUUCUCCGGCAAUCCUUUGCAGGUUUAUCCUUCACGCUUCCCCAUGUGACUGGUGAGGGCUAGGGAUCCAUACCAAGUGUCCAAAGGUAUUUUCAUAACUCGUCUCGCCUAUCUCUUUAAAUGAACUUCCGAGCUGGGAAUAAGAGAGUUGAAAUUGGGCAUCUCCAGGAAAAGUUCUCCUAGCCUUGGAGCUCCAAUCAUUUACAAAGUUCUUAAAUUUCUUGGUGUGGUCUUCCUAUUUGGGCAGAUGGAACAACACACAGAGAUGGAGAGAAUUACAAUCAGCCCUCCACAUUAUCUGAGGUUAGAGGCACAGGACCCGAGUGAAAAUGGAAAAUUAAUAAAGUGAAAUUGUUUAUCUGAGAACAACUAUAGGGAUGUCUAGAUCUUCCAGGAUGGCUCUAUGGUGAACUUCCACUGCAAGCUAACCAUAGAAUUACAUUGGAAAACAAUGAUAUUGCAAGAGAGUAUUCUCUUUAGAGAUCUCUAACACAGGCAUGGGCAAACUUUGGCCCUCCAGGUGUUUUGGACUUCAACUCCCACAAUUCCUAACAGCCUACCGGCUGUUAGGAAUUGUGGGAGUUGAAGUCCAAAACACCUGGAGGGCCAAAGUUUGCUCUUGCCUGGUCUAGUAUGACCGUAGGGCGUUGACCAUAGUCACUGCUAUUCACAAAUGCAUUGCCAUUGUGCAAUUGACAUAGGGCUCCUUAAUUGUACAGUUCUGCUUCCUCUCAUCUUUGUUUUUGGAGGACAUGGGUUCAAAGCAAGGGUUUUCUACUCACACAAAAAUCCUCAUUUUGCACAUGUAUUUUUCCCGCAAAAAGGCUUGUGGUGCAAAAAAUGUUUUAAGAAAAGCAAGAACUCUCAUGAUCUUGUAUAGCAAGGAAGUCCAAGAACUCUGCUUCCCAUCACUCUUAUAAUUGGGUAGACUUACCUUAUACACAGAGAGACCAUUUUCUGAUUAUUAUUUGAGCAAUGUUAGCAAAACAGAUCUCAAAGAUGGGCAGAAAACACACCUAAAAUCUGUAGUUUAUAUGGGCCAUACAUUUGGUAAUGAUUCCCUUUGACUCCAAGGCUGAUUUCGUGGCAGAUACCAUGCAAUAAAGGCAUCUUUGUUUUCCUUGAAUGUAUUGAUUGUGUCUCGGUGAAUUUGAUUUCUAAUAAAGUACCUCUAACAGGCACGUCCGCACGACAAACUUAAACCGAUUCCAGUAUCCGUUAUCCAUUACUCCUGGGAAUUGGCCUGAGAAAUUCCUUCUCACCUUCUUCACCAGAGGACAAUUCCCAGGAUUCUUUGGAAAGAGGGAGAAAAAACUGUGACAACUGAAAUGUUAGAAAACCAAUAUAAGUUUCUAGUGUAGCUCAGGCCUUUGGGUCGUCUUUUCUCUACUGUAUGUGAUCUUACGUGUGUAAAUUUCCAAUGUCAUGUUGUGGUUGGGGAGGGAACGCUUGGGGAAAUGAAGUGGGGAAAGUCUCAGUGGGGAUUGGGGAACGUAGGUAAACAGAACUACAAAGUGCAUUUUUUUGUUUAUUUGGUUGGUUUUUUGUACUUGACACAAAUAUCAGAAUUAAAAGGAACAGUUCUUUAAAAUUAAAAA